GAAGGAAAAAAUUAAUUAAAAGGGUGAAAUUUCAAAGGGGGCGAAGGGGAAGGCGACCAUCUUGCCAGGGCAAAGGAACGUAGGCAACUCGACGCCCCCUUCCGAUCGCCGUGGGACGGAGGAUUUUUUUGUUCGGAUCCCAAGUUUCUGAUUUAUUUGGCGUCGAUUUCUUGGAAUCCGUCAAUCGGGGUCUCCGAUUGGAGGCCGGUGAUCGGGCGAGGAGGAUUAGAUAUCGAUCAUGGCGUGUAAGGGGUUCUGGGAGUGCUUGUUAAAGCUUCUCAACUUUCUAUUGACGCUCACCGGGUUGGCGAUGGUGGGAUAUGGGAUUUAUUUGCUGGUGAUAUGGAAUAAGGCCUCUUCUAGCGGCGUUGGCGAGGACCUGGCUUUGCCGACGGGCGGUGAUCCCGAGUUCUUGAAGCUUGGACGGCCCAUGCUUGUCGCCGUGUCCCUUUCGUCGAGCUUUCUCGAUCAUCUUCCCAAAGCUUGGUUCAUUUAUUUAUUUAUUGGUGUUGGGAUUAUUAUCUUUGUCAUAUCAUGCUUUGGCUGCAUUGGAGCAUUAACAAGAAACGGGUGCUGCCUGUCUUGUUAUGCUUUUCUAGUGAUCUUGUUGGUUCUAGUUGAGGUGGCUGCUGCUGCUUUCAUAAUCUUUGACCAUAGCUGGAAGGAUCUGAUUCCUGAUGAUAAAACUGGAAAUUUUGAGACUAUAUAUAAUUUUUUGGAGGAUAACUGGAAGAUAGCAAAGUGGGUUGCUCUUGGAGCUGUUAUUUUAGAGGCCUUUGUAUUCGUGUUAGCCCUUAUUGUAAGAGCAGCAAACAGGCCUGCCGAAUAUGAUAGUGAUGAUGAAUAUAUUGCUCCAAGAUCUACCAUCCGACAGCCAUUAAUGAACCGGCAAGGAACUCCGGCAACUGGAGUACCUGUUCUUGGCACUCUUGACCAUCGUCCUAGCAGAAAUGAUGCCUGGAGCCAACGGAUGAGGGAAAAGUAUGGUCUUGAUACCUCUGAGUUCACGUACAACCCAUCAGACCCAAACAGAUAUCAACCAGCUACUGCACCUCAGGUGGAAGAAAGGGGCCGCUGCAUCAUUAUGUGAACAUCGUACGGUUGAAGCUUUGCUUGCACAGUUUGCUAGUCACUUCUUUUCGAUGUGUGAAGCUCUCAAGAGGUUUUCCCUGUUUAAUUGAAUGUUUAGGUUAACUGCCACUUGAGUUUGCUGCCUGAUUUCACUGCAUAAAACUUCUUUCUUCUCUUUUACUUGAUACAUUACCUCUCAGAUAAAAUUGCAUUGCGGCAUCAAAUUAGUCUGACAUCAUAUCUGAAUAUAGACGAAUGACCAUUUUGACAGCUUAAAUCAAAUAUCAGCUGUUUCAUA